GCAACUAAAAUUGCUGAAGGUCGCAGAUAUGCGCUGUAGGUUAAGUCACAUUUCGAAAACAAAACGUGUUCCAUCACUCAUGUAAUAGUCGUAAUUACUGGAAUACGCGUAAAUUACUGAAGAAAAUCGUGUUAAAAUGACCGAAAAACCUCUCUCAGACUUUACGUGCAUCUGCUGUCGCGUGGCAUUCAAAGAUGGUGAAAUACAACGACUUCAUUACAAGACGGACUGGCACCGCUACAAUUUGAAGAGAAAAGUUGCUGAUUUACCUCCUGUGACUUCCGAAGAGUUCCAACGACGUGUACUCACCCAGAAAGCUAGUGAUGCCGAGCAGAAUCAAGAUAAGUCUAGAUAUUGUAAGUUCUGUAGGAAGUCUUUUACCAAUGAAAAAGCAUAUGACAACCACUUGAACUCUAAGAAACAUAAAGAUAAUGAAGAGUUUUAUGUGGAAAGCAUACCAACUACACCAAUAAUUAAUGAUGCGCCUAAAAAGAUUCCUGCUCCUGUUGGUGUAGAUGUAGAAGAUGCAAUGUCCUGUGAGUCAGAAGAAGUUGAUUCUGAUGAGUGGGAAUUGGAUGAUGCUGAGGUAGACAUUACAAACUGUUUAUUCUGCCAGCAUCACAGUAGAAAUCUAGUGAAAAAUCUGCAGCACAUGUCUGAAGCACAUACAUUCUUUGUGCCUGAUAUUGAAUUCUGUGUGGAUGUGAAAGGAUUGAUUGAGUAUUUGGCACAGAAGGUUGAACAGGGUUUCAUGUGUUUGUGGUGCAAUGAGAAAGGAAAGACUUAUCAUACUGCAGAGGCAGCUAGGCAACACAUGCUUGAUAAAGGACACUGCAAAAUGUUGCAUGAUGGUAUUGCACUGGCAGAAUAUGCUGAUUUCUAUGAUUAUUCUGCUUCAUAUCCUGAUGCUAAUGAAGAUGGAGUGAAUGCUGAUGCUGAGGUGGAAGUACCUGAGCUAGAAGGCAAUGAAUAUCAACUUGUGCUGCCUUCUGGGGCUGUGAUUGGGCACAGAAGUCUAAUGAGAUAUUAUAAGCAGAGUAUUGAUCCAAAUAGAGCUGUUGUAGUGGUUGAUAAGGGUCACAAGAAGCUGCAUAAAGUUUUGGCUACAUACAGGGCUUUGGGAUGGUCACCAGCACAGCAGGAAGCUUCAGCAAGGAGAGCCAGGGAUAUUCACUACAUGAAGAGAAUGCAUUCAAAGAUGACUAUGCAUCUGGGUGUCAAAGCAAACAAAUUCCAGCCACAUUUCCGCCAACAAGUCAACUAUUAGAUGAUACUGUGUUUAUAUUCUUUUUUUAUUACAAUCAUUAAGUAGAUAAAAAAGUGAAUUUAUAAAAAAUAGUAUACAUAUGAAGUAAUUUUGGUGAAUUCAAUUUGGUAAAAUACCACCAUCGACCACAGGGCCGUUUAAAUCUGUACAUGGUAAUAAAUAUAACACACAAA